UUCAACGAGAACAACACGGUUACUGAUUCAAUCAGCUAACUGUUAGGUAGCGUGCUAGCCAACAUACAACCGUAACAUUUACGUUUUUUUUAGACCGUUUCGGGGAGUUAAAAAUACAUGUAUGUCGUAUCCACUAGUUACCCCUUCAUUUUCAUAUUUACAUUUUUGUUAGUCAACUAGCUGUCCGGAUAAGUUAGCAGUAGCCUAGUCGCUAAUGAUAUUUAGCUAACGUUACCUCGCUAACAACCCUGACCAUGAGCUCACUAAGCUACUCCCCCCCUAUUGAAGAAGAAGAGGUCUGCUGGACAGAGAAAGAGAAGGAAGAUGAGGCUGUUACAGUGAAAGAAGAAGACGUUUUUGUGAAAGAGGAGGAGGCUGUUACUGUGAAAGAAGAGGAGGAAGGUAAAAAUGACGAUGCUAUGUUGGGCGUGAAAGAGGAAGAGGAGGAGAUGACUAUCACGGUGAAAGAAGAGGGAGACGGUUUUGAGGUGAAGGAGGGGGAGAUGACUAUCACAGUGAAAGAAGAGGAAGACGUUUUUGAGGUGAAGGAGGGGGAGAUGACUAUCACAGUGAAAGAAGAGGAAGACGUUUUUGAGGUGAAGGAGGGGGAGAUGACUAUCACAGUGAAAGAAGAGGAAGACGUUUUUGAGGUGAAGGAGGGGGAGAUUACUGUCACCUUGGAGGAGGAAGAGGAGGAGGUUGGAGAUCUGAUUAACACCACAGGUGAAAGACCAGACUCUCACAGCAGGAAGAGUCCUUCAGACCCAGAGAAGACCAAACCAGCAAAACCACACCACUGCUCCCAGUGUGGAAAGAGUUUUACCUGGUUAGGGAGUCUGAAAUCACAUAAGUGCACACACACAGGAGAUAAGCCUUUCAGUUGCUCCCAGUGUGGAAAGAGUUUUACUGAGUUAGGGACACUGAAAAAGCAUGAGAGGACACACACUGGUGAGAAGCCUUUCCAGUGCUCCCAAUGUGGAAAGAGAUUUACCCAGUUAGCGAACAUGAAAAGGCAUGAAGGAACACACACGGGAGAGAAGCCAUAUCAAUGCUCCCAGUGUGAAAAUACAUUUUCCUCAUCAGGGGAAUUGAAAAAACAUGAGAGAACACACUUAGUAGAGAGGCCUUUCCAAUGCUCUCAGUGUGGAAAGAGUUUUACCCUGUUAGGGAGUCUACACACGCAUGAGAGAACACACACAGGGGAGAAGCCCUUCUGCUGCUCAGACUGUGGAAAGUGUUUUACCUGGUUAGGGAAUCUGAAAUCACAUGAGCGGACACACACAGGAGAUAAGCCUUUCAACUGCUCCCAGUGUGGAAAAAGUUUUACCCAGUUAGGGAACUUGAAAACACAUGAGAUGACACACACAGGAGAGAAACCUUUCCACUGCUCCCAGUGUGGAAAGGGGUUUAGACAUGCAGGGAACCUGAAAGUGCAUGAAAGACGACACACUGGAGAGAAGCCAUAUAAAUGCUCACAGUGUGAAAUAACAUUUUCCUCGUCAGGGGACCUGAAAAAACAUGAGAGAACACACUCUAUAAAGAGGCCUUUCCAAUGCUCUCAGUGUGGAAAGAGUUUUACCCAGUUAAGGAAUCUACAAAAGCAUGGGAGAACGCACACAGGGGAGAAGCCCUACCAUUGCUCAGACUGUGGAAAGAGAUUUACCCAAAUAGGGGACCUGAAAUCACAUGAACUGACACACACAGGAGAGAAGACUUUCCAAUGCUCCCAGUGUGGGAAAGGUUUUACAGAGUUAGGGACACUGAAAAAGCAUGAGAGGACACACACUGGUGAGAAGCCUUUCCAAUGUUCCCAAUGUGGAAUGAGUUUUACCCAGUUAGCGAACAUGAAAAGGCAUGAAGGAACACACACUGGAGAGAAGCCAUAUCAAUGUUCCCAGUGUGAAAAUACAUUUUCCUCAUCAGGGGACCUGAAAACAUAUGAGAUGACACACUUAGUAGAGAGGCCUUUCCAAUGUUCUCAGUGUGGAAAGAGUUUUACCUGGUUAGGGAAUCUGAAAUCACAUGAGCGCACACACACAAGGGAUAAACCUUUCCACUGCUCCCAGUGUGGAAAAGGUUUUACUCAGUUAGGGAACUUGAAGACACAUGAAAUGACACACACAGGAGAGAAGCCUUUCCACUGCUCCCAGUGUGGAAAAGGGUUUAGACACGCAGGGAACCUGAAAGUGCAUGAAAGAAUACACACUGGAGAGAAGCCAUAUCAAUGCUCCCAGUGUGAAAUGAGAUUUUUCUCAUCAGGGGACCUGAAAAAACAUGAGAGAACACACUCUGUAGAUAGGCCUUUCCAAUGCUCCCAUUGUGGAAAGAGUUUUACCCAGUUAAGGAAUCUACAAACACACGAGAGAAUGCACACAGGGGAGAAGCCCCACCACUGCUCAGACUGUGGAAAAAGAUUUACCCAGAUAGGGGACCUGAAAUCACAUGAGCUGACACACACAGGAGAUAAGCCUUUCCAAUGCUCCCUGUGUGGAAAAAGUUUUCCCCGGUUAGGGAACUUGAAAAUGCAUGAGAGAAUACACACAGGAGAGAAGCCUUUCCACUGCUUCCUGUGCGGAAAGAGUUUUACCGAGUUAGGGACACUGAAAAAGCAUGAGAGGACGCACACAGGAGAGAAGCCUUUCCAAUGUUCCCAAUGUGAAAAGAGUUUUACCCAGUUAGCGAACAUGAAAAGGCAUGAAGGAACACACACUGGAGAGAAGCCAUAUCGAUGCCCCCAGUGUGAAAAUACAUUUUCCUUAUUAGGGGACCUGAAAGCACAUGAGAGAACACACUUAGUAGAAAGGCCUUCCCAAUGCUCUCAGUGUGGAAAAACUUUUCCCCGGUUAGGGAACUUGAAAAUGCAUGAGAGAAUGCACACAGGAGAGAAGCCUUUCCAAUGCUCCCACUGUGGAAUUUUUUUUGCCCGGUCAGGGACAUUGAAAAUGCAUGAGAGAUUACACACAGGAGAGAAGCCUUUCCAAUGCUCCCAGUGUGGAAAGAGUUUUACAGAGUUAGGGACACUGAAAAAGCAUGAGAGGACACACACAGGAGAUAAGCCUUUCCAAUGCUCCCAAUGUGGAAAGAGUUUUACCCAGUUAGCGAACAUGAAAAGGCAUGAAGGAACACACACUGGAGAGAAGCCUUUCCAAUUGGCUAUCUUAAUAACAUUCCGGACCAUGAGCUCACUAAAAUACUCUCCCCAUUCAAAAGAAGAGGAUGUCUGCUGGACUGAGAAACAGGGUAUGUGGCUUAAUGUUGUCGUGAAAGAAGAGGAGGAAGAGAAGGAUGUCACAGUGAAAGGCGAUGAAGAAGCUUCCAGAGUGAAAGAUGAGGAAGAGAUUACUGUCACAAUGAAAGAGGAGGACGAGGAAGUAGAGUAUGAGACUGGAGAUCUGAUUGACACCAGAGAGAGACCAGACUCAGAGGAACCAGAGCCAGAGACCUCCGAACCAGCAAGACGACACCACUGUUCCUACUGUGGAAAGAGCUUUAACCAGUUAGGGGACCUAAAGAAACAUGAGAGGAUACAUACAGGAGAGAAGCCUCACAAAUGCUCCCAGUGUGGACAGUGUUUUACCUGGUUACAGAAUCUAAAACAACAUCAAAUAAUACACACAGGCGAGAAGCCUUACCAAUGCUCUCAGUGUGAAAAGGCUUUCACCCGGUUAGCACACCUGAAAGAACAUAAAAUAGUACACACAGGAGAAAAACCUUUCCACUGCUCUCAGUGUGAAAAGCGGUUUACCAAGGUAGGGAUCCUAAAACAGCAUGAAAGGACGCACACAGAAGAAAAGCCCUACCAUUGCUCCCAGUGUGGAAAGAGAUUUUCCUUAGCAAAGUACCUGAAAGAGCAUGAAAAAAUACAUACAGGAGAAAAACCUGGAGAGAAGCUUUUCCUCUGCUCCCUGUGCGGAAAGAGUUUUACCCAGUCAUCCCACCUGAAAUCCCACACAAGAACGCACACAGGGGAGAAGCCUUAUCAUUGCUCCGUUUGUGGAAAGAGUUUUUCUCAAUCAAGUUGUCUAAAAAAGCAUAAGAGAAUACACACUGGGGAGAAGCCUUACCACUGCUCCCUGUGCGGAAAGAGUUUUAACAGGUUAGAUUACCUGAAAUCACAUAACAGAACACACACAGUAGAGAAGCCUUUACACACAGUAGAGAAGCCUUUACACACAGGAGAGAAGCCUUUACACACAGGAGAGAAGCCUUUACACACAGGAGAGAAGCCUUUACACACAGGAGAGAAGUCAUAAAUAAAUAAGAUUUCUUUUUCUUAAUUAACUUGCCUGGUAAUUUUUUUUUUUUUUUUAAUGAAUAAUGAAGAAACCUGUGUCUAGUGAUGUAGUUCAGUGAUGUUCAGAAUGAACCGUUUAUAUACAUUUGAUGAAAGUGUAGUUUGGAUUUUUCAAUCUCAAGACAUUUGAAUAUGAAAUAAAUUCAUUCGUUUGUAGACUACCAAUAUGUCCGUUUGAAUGUGUGUGUUCUCUGUAAUUACAUGGUAAUUUUUCAACUCCG